CAGUCAUGGUAGAUAGGACACUUUGUACAUGGAGGUUUUUGACUGUACGGGCUAAAUAAUAACCCUGAACAGGAGUUAAGGAUUCCACAUAUUAUUAUUGACAUCUGCUCGGUGUUUUUUUAUAUCCUUGCCUGGUUUGAUCUAUAUUACACUUCUUUCACGUAUCGGGCCGUAAGAAACCUGGUGUUUAUCGCACAGAUGUGGAUCUUGUAGCUGCUCCGGAAUUCAUCUCAAGACCAUCUUCAUCUUCAUCACCAGAUUUUUCCAGGGGGGUUUGGAUAUCAGAAAAGACACCUGUCGGAUGACAUGCACCCUGAGCAGACAAUGAUCUGAAGGCCCUACCAGGAGGCCACAUACUUUCUUUCUUCCUUCCCUCCUUCCUUUUUUUUUAUCAGUGGAGGAAGACGGGUGAGCCCAGCUGCCUCAGACAGGUGGCAUACGGAGAGAGAGAGAGAGACUCUCUCACACACACACAUCUUCAUCCACAGAGGCGACUAGUCACUGUUUGUGCUCCUGUAACUGCCUCGAGAAAAUUUUACCUCUGACCUCACCACACCCCCAACCUUGCCCCUACCCCUGCUCGGCCAAUCACAGCAGCCAUGGGGAGGAAAAAGAUCCAGAUUCAGCGAAUCACAGACGAGCGUAACAGACAGGUGACCUUCACCAAACGGAAGUUUGGUCUGAUGAAGAAAGCUUAUGAGCUCAGUGUGUUGUGUGACUGCGAGAUUGCCCUCAUUAUUUUCAAUCACUCAAACAAGCUCUUCCAGUAUGCCAGCACUGACAUGGACAAAGUGCUCCUCAAAUACACAGAGUACAAUGAGCCGCACGAAAGCAGGACCAACGCAGACAUCAUCGAGACAUUGAGAAAGAAAGGCUUUAAUGGUUGCAACAGUCCAGAGCCAGACGGGGACGAUUCGAUCGACCAAAGUCCCUUACAGGAGGACAAAUACCGCAAGAGCGAGGAGCUGGACAUCCUCUUCAAACGCUACGGACAAUCCACAGUGCCACUGCCCACUUUCUCCAUGCCAGUCACAGUGCCGGUGUCCAGUCAGAGCCCUCUGCCAUUCAGCAAUCCCAGCAGCCUCGUCACCACUUCCUUCGUCACCUCCACUCUCACAGACCCGCGCCUGCUGUCACCACAGCAACCGCAGCUGCAGAGGAACACGGUGUCUCCAGGCCUGCCACAGAGACCUGCCAGCGCAGGUGCUCUUUUGGGAGGUGACCUCAACAAUUCAAACGGAGCGUGCCCAAGCCCUGUGGCCAAUGGUUACGUCAGUGCCAGGGCCUCCCCAGGACUCCUCUCAGUCUCCAACGGCAACAGCAUGGGGAAAGUAGUGCCGGCUAAAUCUCCCCCACCACCCAGCACUCAGAUGGUGAACAGUCGCAAACCGGACCUUCGGGUCAUCACCUCCCAGAGCAACAAGGGUCUCAUGCAGCUGACAGAUGAAGAGCUGGAGUUGGUGAGUGAGAACGCUCAGCGGUUAGGCGCCUCUCAAGUGACCCAGCCUCUUACCACACCAGUGGUUUCCGUGGCAACGCCGAGCCUCCUGAAUCCAUUCUCCAUGCCAACCGCCUACAACACAGAGUACCAGCUAACAAGUGCAGAUCUCACAGCCCUCCAGGCCUUCACGCCGUCGGGUGCACUGUUGCCAAGCAACAUGACCACUUGGCAACAGCAGCAGCAGCCAUCUGUAUCCCAACUACCACAGCAGCAGCAACAACAGCAGCAGCAACAACCACAGCAGCUAACUCUGGCCUCCCUCAGUAAUCUUGUCAUGUGGGGCUCAGACAAACAGAACGGAGAGAUGGCUCACUGCAUCUCUGGUCUGGCUGCUAAUCUCAGUGUGACCUCUCAAGGCAGCUUACUCUUGGGCAGGGAGGAAGGGAUCAGCUGGCCCGUGGGAACGCUCCCUCAUGGAGCUACUCUGACGGUUAACACUAACCCCAAUAUCAGCAUCAAAUCCGAGCCAGUGUCUCCUAACCGGGAUCGCAGCACCCCUAGUUCCACCACCGGGGCAGCGGGUGGCAUAUCAGGCCUAACUGUGUAUCCAGCGACGCUGCGUUUGGAGCCCACCGGCCGCUCUCCAGUCGACAGCAUCAGCAGUAACGGCAGCUCUUACGAAGGAAGCGACCGAGAUGACGGAGGGCAGCUGCGCCCUCCCGAUUUCAACUCUGCCAGCCUGGGUCUCCUCCGAGCUUCUGGAGAGCAGCCGGCCCAAGCAGAGCAGCAGGAGUCAGCCAACGUGAAACGCAUGAGACUGGACACCUGGGUCACAUAAACGCUGAAGGAGAGAGCUGCUCUCUCACCCACACAUACACACACACUGACACAAACACACCCUUAGUGGCACCUGCUUUCAGCAGCCAGUCUCAGUCCGCACUUAGACACAUGCAUGCGCCUGUCUCUCUGUCUCUCUUUCACUCUUGUCUCACUCUCAGACACACUCAUAUUUACUGGUGUGUGUGUGUGUGUAUAUAUUUAUAUAAAAUAUGCAUAUAUGAUCACACACGCAGUCACGCACUAGAUCCUCACACACACAGUUGCCAAUCCAGGUGUAAACGUGUUCACGUAUACGAGACUGAAGAGAUGUUCCGGGCUUUUACAGGCCUUACCAUCGACCCGAUCAGAGUUCAGCGGCACUGCUCUGUCCAAACAACUUAUGUUGCAUAGACAAAGCCUGUCAAUCUUCUUUUUUUGUAUUGAUUUCUCUUUUUUGUUUUGUUUUUUGUAUGAAUGGUUGCAUUUGCCAUUUAUCUUCUCGAUUGACUCUUUCUCUCUUGCUUUUCCUCUUUGUUUUUAUGUAUUUUUUUCUAUCUGCUUGAGCAGCUGCCUUUAGGAUCGCCCCCGUUCCUUUAAAGUAGGAUCUCUAUCUUUGUUUUUCUAACUGUGCAGAAACUGCGCAUAGUGUGCGUGCGUGUGUGUGUCAGCUGUGAGACGGAGGUGCUCAUUCAUUCGAUCGCUAAACACAAUUCAGCCAAAAAACUCCACUCUCUCGUGUUCGUUUUCCAUCUUUCGUGGUAUCAUAAUCUCGCACCAGUCCCCUCGCUUGCACACUCGUAUGUGUCUAUCGGCGGAGCUCUAAGCACAAACGUCCUGGAUUUUCUGCGUACGCGUGGACCGUAAAUGUGGUGUCGUUGAUGGAAAUGUAGAUCUAUCUAUCUGUACUAAUGAGAUCCAGGUGUGCAGGAAACGUGCGUGUGACUGUGAGCAGCGGUCUGCCACAUUAUGCUCUAUUUAUUGUUUUCGUCUGGCUGUGUAAUUCAGAAAUUAAUUAGUUAACUUUAUGGGACGAGUAUGCUUAAUUAUUGUUUGUAAGAUUCCAGGAAUAAGUAAAAAUCUGAGUUGUUGUUUAACUCAGGAUGGCGAGUUUUUCAUGUAUAUACAAAAUUUCUCAGUGUUUCAGAACAGGUGUAUAGAGAAAGAGUUGGUGGCAAACACACAUCUCAGCUAUAGCUCAUUUUAGCUAAGAAAGAUGGAGGUCGUGUAGCGCUGUGUGUGUGUGUGAGAAGCGUUGAGAUUGUACAUAGCGAUGUAUGUUCACAUAUAUUCUGCUGGGUCUUUCUGAAACAGCGCUGUAAUCUCAGUGGAACCGUCUCUGUCAACCUCUGCCUGUAAAUAAACUGUACCGUGUUGUAAGUUAGCAAGUUGGAGAGGCAGAUGAAGGAGGAUUUGACUGUUUUUAAGCGUGACUCUUUUCUGUCGUUUUUAUCCUGAUGACGCGCACUUUAAAAUCUUUCCCCCUCGUCCGCUCGCACACCUUCAGACACACACGUGAGGAAUUGAUGCUUCCUCGCAUUAUCAUUUACAUGAUCAGUCCACUUUGAUUAUCCGUCUUUUUACACCCCAACAGGAACAGCGAUUUCCCCGACAGCUUCGAAGGGAAUACAGCCUCCUUUCACCUAUAAGACAUUUAAAGCAUUCAGGGAAGGGUGU